AUGCUUAGCGUAGGAUUUACGUCAUCCGGCAGAAGAGCUCGGGUCCCGGAAAGUAGGGCUGAUUCAGCAAGCAACAGCCGGCCCGGUGAGGCUGCUAGAGGACGUGACCGAAGGGAUGAUUUCCUGCCAGAGACAUUCACUGCGCUACACGGCGGGUGGCUACAACAAAUAUGCGGUCCUCGGUUGCUUGCUUCUGCGAGUUUGUGCCGAGUCCGAGAUGACCCCUUUUUAUGCUGUAUCGCGAAGUCCGCAACUCAGCUGCGCGUUAAGCAAAUUCAAAAAUCAUGGCUCACUGAUUUGCACGGCACUAAAAUCUUAAAGCCGAAUUCCAUAUUUUUCAUAUUUCAUAUUUUAUGA